UCCCUGCACUGUGAUUGGUCGAUUCGGGGUUUCGCCGUGCUGUCGCGAGGACGGGUCGUGUUGAUUUCAAGAGUCAUCAUGGCGCUCACUUCCCCAGUCGAAGAGCACCCAUAUAAACAUCUAAUCGACACUCUGAAAGAUGGCACGAUCAAGUUCUUCAGUCCACAAAAGUUAAAUGAUCCACGAUAUGACAAGCUGCCUCUGUCCAUCCGUGUCUUACUUGAGGCAGCGAUUCGUAACUGUGAUGGCUUUUACACAAAAACAGAAGAUGUGGAGAACAUAUUGGACUGGCAGCAGCAACAGAAUAAAACUGAGGUGCCAUUCUCUCCAGCAAGAGUCCUUCUCCAGGACUUCACUGGUAUUCCUGCCAUGGUGGACCUGGCAGCCAUGAGGGAUGCUGUUGCCAAACAUGGCAUGGACCCUAGCCUGGUCAACCCUAAGUGCCCCACAGACCUCAUAGUAGAUCACUCAUUACAGAUCGAUUAUAGCAAAUGUGCCAUACAGAAUGCUCCAAACCCUGGUGGAGGGGACGCUCCAAACCAGGGUCAUGGUCCUUCUCGUUCCACUCCUUCAAGGCUCCCGUCCAGAGGAGGAUCACAGUGUGGAGGCCAACGGGGCACAUGUAGUAAACCUGCCUGCAACGACCUUCCAUCCGCCACCGGUCAAACUCCAGCUUCCGUCCAGCAGAUAGAGAACACACCUCUGCUUUGCCCUUUCCACCUGAAGCCUGUGUCUGAACCCGAAACUGCUCUGAAGAAUCAGGAAAUGGAGCUGGUCAGAAACAAAGAGAGGCUUCAGUUCUUUAAGUGGUGCUCUAAAGCAUUCAAGAAUGUGAAUGUGGUUCCACCAGAUGUCGGAGCAGUCCACCAGGUGAACCUAGAGUAUCUGUCCAGAGUGGUUCAGCUCAGAGAUGGUUUCAUCUACCCUGACAGUGUGGUGGGAACUGACUCUCACACCACCAUGAUCAAUGGCCUGGGCAUCCUGGGCUGGGGUGUUGGGGGAAUUGAGUCAGAAGCUGUGAUGUUGGGCCAGCCAGUGUCUCUGACUCUCCCUCAGGUGGUUGGCUGUAAACUAGUGGGCUCCAUCAACCCCCUAACCACAUCCAUAGACAUCGUACUUGGCAUCACAAAGCACUUGCGGCAAGCUGGGAUCGCUGGAAAAUUUGUAGAGUUUUUUGGACCUGGGGUCUCUCAGCUUUCAGCCCCUGACCGAACCACCAUCGCCAACAUGUGCCCAGAGUACAACGCCACCAUCAGCUUUUUUCCCAUAGACCAAGUCACACUUAAGCACUUUAAAAAGACAAAUUUUACCCAGGAAAAUGUUGAAUUGCUGGAGAAAUACAUGAAGGCUGUAAAACUUUUCAGAAGCUUUGAAGACCCCUCCGAUGACCUCCAGUUUUCUGAGGUGAUUGAAAUCAACCUGAGUGCCAUGGUGCCCUAUGUGAGUGGGCCAAAAAGGCCUCAGGAUAGAGUGGCAGUCAGCAGCAUGAAAGUAGACUUUCAAAGUUGCCUCAAUGAGAAGGUGGGUUUUAAAGGCUUUCACAUCUCUAAGGAGAAGCAGGCGGCUCGGGUGCCUUUCCUGCACUCUGGUCAGGAGUAUCAGCUGGGCCAUGGCUCAGUGGUCAUCGCUGCUGUCAUCAGCUGCACCAACAACUGCAACCCAUCUGUCAUGCUGACUGCAGGUCUACUGGCCAAAAAGGCAGUAGAGGCCGGGCUUGUAGUCAAACCUUACAUCCGAACCAGCUUGGCUCCUGGAAGUGGCAUGGUCACUCAAUACCUCAGUAUAAGUGGAGUCCUGCCUUACUUAAGUCAGCUGGGGUUUGAGGUGAUAGGUUAUGGUUGUGCCACUUGUGUAGGAAACACAGCACCGUUACCAGAUGCCGUCAUGGAUGCAAUCAAACAGGGGGACCUUGUGGCCUGCGGGGUGUUAUCUGGCAACAGGCACUUUGAAGGUCGCCUAUGUGACUGCGUGCGGGCCAACUACCUAGCCUCCCCUCCCCUGGUGGUGGCUUAUGCUAUUGCGGGCACUGUGGACGCUGACUUUGAGAAAGAGCCUUUAGGGGUAACAUCAGAGGGAAAGGAGGUGUAUCUUCGAGAUGUUUGGCCAUCCAGGGAGGAGGUCCAACAGACUGAGGAGGACAUGGUCAUCUCUGCCAUUUUUAAGGAUCUCCAGGGCAGGAUGGAGAAAGGAAACACAUUUUGGAACAAAAUUGAUUGUCCGGAGUCUGUACUUUUCCCGUGGGAUCACAAAUCCACAUAUAUCCGCUCACCCUGUUUUUUUAGCAAGUUGACUAAAGAGGUUCCUCCCCCUCACUCGAUAGAGGGCGCUCAUGCCUUACUCUUCCUUGGGGACAAAGUGACCACAGACCACAUCUCACCAGCGGGCAGCAUCGCCAGGGCCAGCGCAGCUGCCAAGUACCUGCUCAGCAAACGUCUGACACCACGGGAGUUUAACUCCUACGGUGCACGUAGAGGGAAUGACGCAGUGAUGACCAGAGGCACGUUCGCCAGCAUCAAACUCCAAAAUCGAUUCAUUGGCAAAUCAGGCCCGAAGACUUUGCACAUUCCUUCAAAUCAGACACUGGAUGUUUUCGAGGCAUCAGAACGCUAUCAGAGAGACGGUAUUCCCCUCAUCAUCCUGGCAGGCAAAGAUUACGGCUCUGGAAACUCCAGGGACUGGGUCGCUAAAGGACCAUACCUGUUGGGGGUACGUGCAGUCAUCGCUGAGAGCUUUGAGAAGUUGCACAAGAACCAGCUGGUGGGAAUGGGCAUCAUGCCGCUCGAGUUCCUGCCUGGUGAGAACGCAGACUCGCUGGAGCUCAGUGGGAAGGAGAGGUUCAACAUCACCCUGCCAGAGAGCCUGAGUCUGAGGCAGCAGCUCACUGUCAAGACCAGUCAGGGGAAGUCGUUUGUGGUCACCGCACAGUUUGACACAGAGAUGGACGUUAUCCUUUUCCAGAAUGGAGGGCUUCUCCGAUAUGUUGCUCGGACUUUACUCUGAAACAGCCUUGCAGCCUGGCUGUACACCCGGUGUGCACCAGGCUCAUGAACUGCAUUUAUGCUCUCACCAGAUUGUCUUCAGCAUUGAUGGAUGGUGUGUCUGUUUGAACUGGACAUUUGUCUCCAAGCUGUUGGAGCCAUGAGAUGACAGUUUUAGUUGCUUCUCCGUCACUACAAAAAAAACAAAAAAAAAAAAAAAAAACCCAGCCUGGUUUCUCAUCACAUGACCGUCACAACAAAGGCAGGAAGAACUGCUGACAUGCACUCAAUAAAGAGAUAGUACCCUAGAUGACCUGUGAACUUAAGUUAUUUCUUUUGUUGCUGGAGACUGAAACCUUAAAGUAAUGAAGGAGACAUUUGUGUCAACAUCACAGCCAAGAGGACAUGAAUCGUAUCGAUGCUGUUCUUUAAAAAAAGAAAAGAAAAAAAAAACAUGCCUAGAAAAAGGCUAAGAUGGUGCUAGAUACUACAGUAAGACAUGAGUAUCUGUUCAGGAUGCAGUACAGCCUGUUUUACCCCACAAAACAUUAAGAUUAAGAUUAAGAUUAAGAUUUAGAUUUGAUCUCACUUGCUCAUAUUUAAAAUUGGGGCCGAACAAUCACAAUUAUUUUAAAUAUUUUUUCAAUCAAACGUUUGGCAAAACCAGUGCGUUUGUCUCUUAUCACUUAAUGUUUUAUAAUGUGGCAAAAUAUAUAUAUAUGUUAUAUCAUCAAACUCCCUGAAUUAACAUGGCUUCUAAUAUAACUGACAGCCUUCUGCAUCAUUAAAGUAAAGUAAAAAAUAAUGAAAGUUUUUUACAUUUUUGUUUGCUGGUGAGGAGCACUUAUUGUGAUGAGAAUGAUGAUACUUGUCAGUUUAAUGUAAUUAUUAUUAUUUUUUUAGGUAAGAUUGAAAACAGCAGAUGUUGAGAUCUCACCGCUUUAUGGCCUUAAUGGUUUUAACUUGAAGUAGCUCCACUGACAGUGAGUCUUUAGCCUGAGCCCCACAACCUACAGCACUGUUCAACAUCAUAGAUAUUUAUUUAAACAAUGUCAUGCCUUUAAGUUUAUUUACAGGCCUUGGGGACUAUGUGAUAACAUAUAUAUUUUGUCUCUGACUAAAGCCUUUGGUGACGUCACUUAUUUCAGCAUUGUUGCCUGUGAAAACCACAACAUUAAAAAGAAAAGAAAAUGUGA